AUGUUCAGCUAUAAGAGUUUUUUGGAUCCAAGUUUAACAGGAAAAUUCUAUCCUUCUUCGUAUAAAAAAAGAGUAAAAGUGCAUAGAAGCUCCGAAUCUGUGGAAAAUAAAAUAAAACACUAUCAAUUAUUAACACCAGCAAAAAUUGAUGAUUUAGGAAGUCAUAUUACUCUUAAGCAAAAGAACCAAAAAAAUCACCAAAAAUUCAGUUAUACUCAUAAAAAAGAUAAAAACAUGAGCUUCCAAGGAAUGCUACCCUGUAGCCCGAACAUAUCUCUAUCGAACAAAUUUAGCAAAUCGAAGUCUCCACUAUUGAAAAUGAAAUAUAAAGAGGCUCCAAAUCCUCUCCAUUCAUCAUUUGAUAUAACCCAUGGCCAUGAAAAAUCAAUUUACUUACUUCUCUAUAAUUGAUAAACCUAAUCAUUAUCUUACUUGGAAAUUAACACUCUUCCUUCGUGAAUAAAAAUAAUAAUUAAUUUUUUAUAUAUAAUAUUUUGAUAUCAAUAAUCUUUACUAUAAUAAUAAGAUCUUUAGCUAAUUAUAUUAUAUUAGGCAUCUUCAUCAUUAAAUAUAUUAUUAUAAAAUAAAUUCUCAAUAGAUAAGAAUUUAUUUUUGAAAAAUUAAUUUAAAAAUCAUGUUCGCUAUUUAAGGCUUGAGGAGCUAGGAAAUUCAUACAUUAUUAACGACGAACUAAGUCAAUCUAGGGCUAUUAAGCUUCCUAAAAUAAAAGCCAUAAUACCAAAAAUGCCUCAAAUUUCAAUGAUGGAUGAAAUAGAAUACUUCCAUAGCAAAGUCAACUCAAAGUAUGAAAAGAUUUAUGAAUUGAUCAAUGCAGACGAUGCAGAUAAAGUGAACAAGCAAAUUUUAAUUGAUUAUCUCUCCUCAGAUAAUUUAGGAUUUAGCGAUUGUCUAUUAGAACCCUGGAAUAAUGAUGAAAAUAUGAAAGUAAAUAUUGAAGAGUAUAGCCAUAAAGCCAGUAUAAUAAUUAGGACUUUUGCAAUUAUAAAUAAAGAAAAUUUUGAUAAAGAAGAAUUUUUGGCAGUUUGUAGUGUUCAUGAGCACUUUUUUGGAAAUAAAAAUCUUGAUUUUUCCGAUAAUCUGAAAAUGUAUAACCUAAGAAAGAAAAUAAAAGAUUUAAGGACCCUAUUCAAUAAAUGAACUGAAACAAACAUCAUCGAAUCUGAUAGAAUUGUUAAUAUUUGCAAAUCCAUAGAGCUUAUAUAUGAUGAAACUGACUGUUUUUGCGAGAAACUCUACCAUACAAAAUUUUCAUUUUUGAAUUUUCUAAAAUGAAUUCCGUUAUUUAUGAAAAUUUAUAAAUACAAAAAAAAUAAAAUGUAG